UUUGGUGCGACGACAGCGACAAAACAAACCGACCCCGACCCAAAAUUCUUGCCUCCCCUAAAACAGUAUAACCACGACGGACGUUCUAAUUGCCGAGGCAAAUCGCCAUCACGGACAGGGACGCCAUGUCGGUCAAGUUCGAAAGCGAGACGAUACGCCGCGGCGUCGAGAAGGCUCGCGACCUCCUCGAUGGCGAGUCUAUCCCGGGCACCAGCGGCAAGCGGCCCCUCAGAGCCGCCAUCGGCACCGCCAUUACCGGUGGGAGGGGGAAUGCCGGCACCAAGGGUUAUCUUGCGGCCUACAUCAAGCAGAUCGAGGAGAACCCCCUGCGCACCAAGAUGCUGACUGCCGGUACUCUAGCUGGUGCCCAGGAACUCAUCGCCUCGUGGCUCGCCAAGGACCGCAACAAGCACGGCAACUACUUCACCUCCCGUGUUCCCAAGAUGGCCGCCUAUGGUGCCCUCCUCAGCGCCCCCGUCGGCCAUUUCCUUAUCUGGCUCCUGCAGAAGGUCUUCUCCAACCGCACUAGCCUGCGCUCCAAGAUUCUGCAGAUUCUCGCCAGUAACCUCAUCAUUGCCCCUAUCCAAAACUCCAUCUAUCUCGUCGCCAUGGCUCUCAUUGCUGGCGCCCGCACCUUCCAUCAAGUCCGUGCCACCGUUCGCAUUAGCUUCUGGAAGGUCAUGAAGGUCAGCUGGGUCACCUCGCCCAUCUGCCUUGCUUUCGCCCAGAAGUUCCUUCCCGACCAGCUCUGGGUUCCCUUCUUCAACCUCGUCAGCUUCGUCAUCGGCACCUACAUCAACACCGUCACCAAGAAGAAGCGCCUCGCCGCUCUCCGCAAGAAGCACUUCGGCAGUGCUGGUGCCUCCAGCGUUGGCGGUCGUCCCGAGGACUACCCUCCCAUGGGCCCCCCGGGUUCCAUUGGCCCGAACCCUCCUUACUAAAGUGUUGAGACUGAACGCCGAGGUUGUACGAGGUGAGCCGGAGAGAAAGCUAGUGCAGGGGAAUGAGGGCAAAAGCGGGAGGGUGGUGGAACGAGUGACGUGUCUGUAAUAUGUGGUGAAAGUACUCGACCCUGAGACUUGGACAUAUCAGGAGUUUUUCUGGGUGGAGGAGGCGGAUCUUGUGAGAUGGGUGCUGCAAAGAGAAGGAUUGUAUGUCGGGCAGGCGCGAGGAGAACGUUUCACGUGGGCUUUCCGAGUUCACUAACGAAGCGUCGCGUGUAAACUGUUGUUAACCUUUCUUUGUUUCUAUGCUUUCUUCUAUCUCUCAUGCUGCAUGACUAGUGGUGGUAGAUAGGUCGAAAUCUGUGU